AAAGAAGAGCUUUCACAACAGCCUCUCUCUCUUUCUUUCUCUCGCGUUCUCUUUCACGCGCAAACUGUAUUAUCCCUCUCACACGCGCGAGCUUAGUUUUUUAUGAUACACAAAAGAUUAAAACAAGAAAGACUUUUACUACUUCUCAAAUUCUCCAAUUAUCAUAAACCUGGAAAAUGGGCUGUCUAUUUCCCCGAAUGGACAGACUGUUGACUUUUUGUGUCUCGCUGUGACAGGCACGUCAGGCAGUAAAGAUCCGCCCCUCGGCGGUGUUCAGCAGCGCUCUGUGCAUCACUCUCAAACGCUAAUUCCACCGGGACAGACGCAACUUCGGUCCGCACGCGGAGCGGAGGAGACGCACACGAAAUGACACCAAUGGCUGCGCUUGUGUUCAUAGCGACUUUUGCGCUAAUAAUCUGGAUACCGACUUUCACAUUAACCGCACGGGUCUACCCCCCUAAUGAAGUGACACUGCUGGACUCGAGAACUGUGCAAGGAGAACUGAAAUGGGUUGCGAGUCCGACGGAAGGAGGGUGGGAAGAGGUGAGCAUCAUGGAUGAGAAGAAUAUACCAAUCAGGACGUACCAGGUAUGCAACGUAAUGGAACCCAACCAGAACAACUGGCUCCGAACAGACUGGAUCCCCCGUGGCGGAGCUCAACGCGUCUACAUCGAGAUCAAAUUCACCCUCCGUGACUGCAACAGCUUGCCAGGAGUCAUGGGAACUUGCAAGGAGACCUUUAACCUCUACUACUAUGAGUCCAACAAUGACAAAGAGCGGUACAUCCGAGAGAACCAGUUCACCAAAAUCGACACCAUCGCGGCCGAUGAGAGCUUCACGCAGGUCGACAUAGGAGACCGCAUCAUGAAGCUGAACACGGAAGUGCGGGAUGUAGGAAUUUUGACACGGAAGGGCUUCUACUUGGCCUUCCAGGACGUCGGGGCCUGCAUCGCCCUCGUAUCCGUACGGAUCUUCUAUAAGAAAUGCCCCCUCACUGUACGCAACCUGGCCCAGUUUCCAGACACCACCACCGGUGCGGACACCUCAUCACUAGUGGAGGUACGCGGAUCUUGUGUGGACAAUUCAGAGGAACGUGAGGUCCCUAAAAUGUACUGCGGAGCAGAUGGAGAAUGGCUGGUGCCUAUUGGAAACUGUUUGUGUAACCCUGGCUAUGAGGAACACGGGGGAACAUGCCAAGGUAAGAGCUCGGAUAACUCCCAUGCUCGAGUUUUUCCAACAGAGCGUUUCACCUGGUUAUGUUAUGAAACGAGAUUUAUGCACCUCCCAUGUGAAAAGUAAAAAAAAAGAAAAAAC